AUUAAAAUAUUAUUUUUGGCAUUAUUGUUGUUCGCGAUUACGGUUUACUAUUUUACUUUUCAAAAAUAUCUUGAGAGGUGCUAUAAUGGGUAGUAAUGAAGCAGAAAUAUUCGCGAAUACUUUAAAAAAACAUAAUGUACAAACACCAGCUGCUUUGUACCGUGAAAAUAAAAAUGUUAUUCAAAACACAAUCAAAGAAUAUGAAGUUCAAGAUGUAAUAUCGAAUAUUUCGAAGCAAAUAAAGGCGUUUCAAAACGCAGACACUUAUGGAAAAGGUGGUAGCAGUCGAAAUCAAUUAGAUAUGCAUAAAACGAGUAACUUUCUACCCAUAACAAUGAUAUCCACCGAACAACAAUCUGAACAAAUACAAUCAAAUAAAUUUGAAACACAAUGUGUACUGGAUACACAACUUAUACAUAUUAUCGAAGACGCUGAAGCUUUAAUAGAUGUACCAAGAAAUAUGACACAAGAAUUUGAUAAUUCAUUCAAUAAGUUAGAUAGUAAUAGAAAUAAUGAUCCACAAAUAAAUAUAAAUGAAGAUACCGAUAAUAAAAAUUCCAAAGAUUUAGAAGUUAAAGAAAUAAUUAAUGAAAUAUCUGCAGAUAAAAAAGUGUAUGAUAAUAAUUGUUUAAAUACCCUCAGUUCAAGAUUUAGUGGUAAAUAUAAAGCUUUAAGUAAUGUAAAUAAAGAUAUAGAGACUAAAAGUAUAAUAGCAUCAGGUGUAAAUGAAUUUGAAGAAUAUGAUGAAGCUAUACCAAAAAGUCUUAUAAGCAAAAAUAAUUCACCUAUACUUAAAUCAAAGACACCGCCACCUCUAGUGUACAAAUUGGAAUCAUUUGAAAAAUUCGAAACAAUAGCAGUUCCGGUCAUAAAGGAUAAUCUUGAUUAUGAUCUUGCAAAGAGAUUGAUUAAUUCACAAAUUAAGAACAACGAAUUGUUCAUUCAAACACACGCAGAACCCGUUUUGGGUGACAGAGACAAAUCACUGAGUCCCAUUUUAAACAUAUGUAGCAAACCUCAUGUAGCUUCAAGCAAAGAUUUUGACAAAGUUAAAACAAAAAGCGCUUCAUUUAUUGAAGAUAAAUUAUUAUUUAGUAGCGAUGAUGAGGAUUAUUUUAGGAAUGAUUUUGAAGAAUUACCAUUGACAUGUGCCUUAGAGACAUCAUUUUAUAACCAACAUGAUGUUCUAGAUAAAACUAUGUAUGUUGGUUUUCAAACUGCCAGCAAUAAGUCUAUACAAGUUAACUCCGAUUCAUACAGCAAAGCUAAAAGUAUUUUAGAUAAUGUUAAAAUUCAAGAAGAAGAGUUUUCACUUUCCAAACUUGUGGAAGUUAUCGAUAGUACUUCAAAAUGUAAUAACAAUACAAUUGAUAACAAAUAUAAUGAAAGUAUUUUACAAGAUAUAGAAAGAAAUCACUGUCGUAAAAAUGAUCUUAUAAAUCCAAGAGUUGGUUUCAAAACGGGAAGAGGAAAAGACAUUAAAAUAUCUGAGGCAGCUCUUAUGAAAAGUAAAAGCAUCUUUGGAGAAGUGUUAGAAGCUGAUAAUGCUAUAGAUUUGGUUGAUAAUAACGUGACCAAUGACCUAAUUUGCAAUAAAGAAGCUAAAUUAACAGAAAAUACUUUAGAUUUACGUGAAAAGAAAGCAGAAUUAAACACGGAAUUACACUUUAGUGCAGUAGAUAAUGGAAUGUAUACUGGACUAGAUGAAGUUGGACUUUUAAAUGAACUGGUGAAUAUUGAUGAACACAUUAUGAAUGAGUUUGAAAGUAAUUUCAUUGUCAAUGAUAAAGAAAAAGAUAGUAAUAGUAAAACAUCAGAUGAUACAGCUACAAGUACUACAGAAACUAUGAAUAACGAUAUAAUUAACAAAAAGGUUGUUAUUGAAAGACCAUUUGUAGGUUUUAAAACUGCAAAUGAUAAAGAAAUCAAAAUAUCCGAACAGGGAUUAGCUAAAACAAGAAACAUUUUCGAAGAUAUCAAUUUAACUGACUUAGAGAAACCUUUAAAUGAUAUGAACACUGACAAAUUCAACUCAUAUGUAGAUCAACCGUCAACAAGUAAAAAUUUUAUGGGUUUUAGAACAGCUACGAAUAAAAGAAUAGAAGUGUCUCAACUAGCGCUUGCUAAAACUAAAAAUAUUUUUGAUAAUAUUGAUUAUGAAGAUUUACCCAUUAAUGAGACAGUUUCUAUUAAAGAACUACUUGUAAAUGCGACCAAAAACAAAACAGAAGCUGCUCUGGAUAAAGACAAUCUUAAAAACCUUUGUAAUAAACGUAAUGGAUUUGUUAAUCCUUUUCCAUCUCGUAAGAAUGUUAACGAUUUUUUUAAAAAAACAUCAUUACCUGAUAAAUCAAUUAAUGUGUAUCAUGAUAUUGCGCAACAAAUACCCACAUUCAUAGGCUUCCAAACAGCCAGUAAUAAAACAGUUCAAAUUUCUUCAGAGGCUUUAGCUAAAUCGGAAAAAGUUUUCAAAGAAAUAAUGUCCGUUCAAAUUGACAAAGAAUCUUAUAAAGAAGAUAAGAGGUCUGUGAGAGAUUCUAACUUUUUAAAUAAGUUACGAAACUCUAAUAAAAAACAUGAGUUAGUUAGGUCACAAGAAAAUGUUAGUGAUAUAAACGAAGAUGUUUCUAAAAGUGUAAGAAACGAACUAAGUAGAAAAUCUUAUAAUUGUCAAGAUAUAUCUUGCAAUCUUAAGACAAAAAUGCAAGGAUUUAAAACUGCAAGUAACAAAACAGUCCAAAUAUCUGAUGAAGCUCUAGCUAAAACUAAGAGUAUUUUUCAGGGUAUGUUUAAUACGGAAACUAGAAUUGAUAAUGAUGGUAUAAUUAUUGAAGAUAAAAACACAUUCGAUUCCAAUAAAGGAUUUAGAACUAGCAAUGAACCAGUUCUGAUAACAGAAGAAGCAAUAACUAAGACUAAAGAUAUAUUUCGUAAUUUUGAAAUGUAUGAACGUCAGACAACUAACUCAGUAUUUGAAGGAUUCAAAACAGCUAGCAAUAAGGCAGUUCAAAUCUCCGAAACUGCUCUCGCUAAGACGAGAAAAAUAUUCCAAGAUAUCGAUAUGGAUGAGGAGCAACAACCAAGCGUAAAACAAGAAAAUGCAUUUAUUGGUUUAAAAACAGGUAAUAUUGAAACUGUUAAAAUAUCAAAGGCAAAUACAAAAAUAUUGAAAAGUAAACAAUUAUUUGAAAGCAUUGAUUUAAAUCAAGAUGGGUUUUAUGAGAAUAAAACUGACGCGGGUAAGAAUACGAAUGAAGACACGUUUGGAUUUAAAACUGCAAACAAUAAACAUGUAAAUAUAUCUGAAGAUUCAGUUAGAAUAGCUCAAAAUAAAUCAAAAACCGCAGAAGAGAGAACACCUGAAAAAGAUCAAUUUAAUAUUGAAGAAAUAAUGAAUACAGAAGUAAUGAAUAACUUAGAACAAACAUUAUACACAGAAGACUUCUCUAAGGUCACAUCACCAGUUAGUAAACGGUCUGGUAGUCCGAUUUUGUCAUGCCCUAAAGCUAAGAGGAGAAAAAAAUUUAAAACACCCCAAACUACCAAUAAAAUUAAAGAAUCUAACAAUCAUAUAACAGAAAGACCAAUAAAAACUUAUAUAUAUGAUGAAAAUUAUAAGAAAAGUAAAAUAUACACACUAAAGGACCUACAAGAUUUUGAAUCAAGUAAUACCAAUAAUGCCAACAUUGAUCCGUACAUUUUAAACUUCAAAUUCGAUACGCUACUUGCGUUCGAAUUUCGCGCGAAACGAAAUGACAUUGACAGUGACAUCUGGACAACAGAUAAAAUAUUAAAAAGGUUCACAGAGUCCGUAAAUACAAAGAUAGUGCCUGACGGUUGGAUAGAGAAUCAUUUGAAAUUGAUUAUUUGGAAAUUGUUAUCGUAUGAAAUUCGGUUUCCGAAUUGUAUGAAUGAUAUAUGCACGGUGAAAAAUGUCCUGCAACAAUUAAAAUAUAGAUAUGUUAGGGAGUUAUAUAAUGUUGAGAGACCAGCGCUAAGGAAGAUAUUGGAGAAGGACGAACUGGCUUCUAAAUUAAUGGUCUUGAGCGUUGUUGGAUUAUAUGUUAACGGCGUGUAUGUCAGUAGUGUUACCAACCAAAUGCAAAACAUAGAACUGUUGGUUUCUGACGGUUGGUACUGCAUUAAGGCGUGCGCUGACAAAAUGGUUGAUAGAUUAAUAUCAGCCGGUAAAAUAUGUGUCGGUACAAAGUUGGCGAUAUAUGGGGCCGAGCUGAUGAAUUGUGAACAGGGGGUGUCUCCUUGGGAGGAUACAUCUUUGAUUCGUCUCAAGAUAUCCGGCAAUUCGACCCGGCGCGCCAAAUGGGACACGAGGCUCGGUUUCCACGGCAACGGCGCCAUCUUGGCCCGCCUGUCAGCUGUCAAGCCAGAGGGCGGGAAAAUUUCACGUGUCCGCGUCUUCGUGACCAGAGUGUAUCCUACACUUUAUAUUGAGAAGUUUGCAGAUGGCAGCACUGUAACACGCUCGGAACGCUUGGAACAUAUCGAACAAAUGAAACACGAAACGAACAGACAGAAUCAGAUCGAGAGGUUGUAUGAUGAAAUCGAGAAAAUGGGUGAACAGGAAUCUCAAGAUUCGGAGGGCCUAGAUUCUGACAAGGGGUUGGAAACUGGUUCCCAAAUAUGCAGACUCAUGAAGAGGAGUAAAGACUUAUCAGGAUUUAAGGUCAACCUGACAGAAUCCCAAACGCAUCUGCUAGAAGAGCACGCGAUUAAAAAACGCGAAAAAUUGAUAGAGAACAUGCAGGCGAGGGUUCAGGAUAUGGUGAAGAAGCGAGGGCUGGACGUCGCCAGAAACGUGGUGCCGUUGCUGAAAAUGAGAGUGGCCGAUGUACAUAACAACUGUGUUUCAAAAGCCGUGAUAACAAUUUGGAGACCGAACGAGUGUGUGCUGGACCUCAUAGCUGAGGGGGCGUGGCUUGACGUGUACAAUGUCGUCCCUACCGCCGUGAGAUUUUCCGAGGUUCAAAUAUCAGCUGGGAGACAGUCUAUAUUCCAAUCAUCGAAAUUCAAUAAAAAUAAAACGAAAACGUACACGGAUACACUUAGAAGAAAAUGUCAUCCCAUAAAGGACCUCCAAAACAUGACAAAUACAGAUAAUAACGAAAUUGACACUUUCGGUUUGAUUUUUCUAAUCGAACCACCGACGAAUCAAUUUCAAAAUAUAUAUUUAACGGACGAAAGUAAAAAUAUUGUCUCCAUAAAUUUCUGGGGCGGAAUUAAAAAGUUCGGUUUCGAAAAUGUUUUAGACACAGGUCAGAUUGUUGCGUGUCUGAAUUUACAGAAGCGUUCUGGCAACACUAGAGAAGAAAUUGCACAGUAUCGCGCGACGGAGUUUUCACAUUUCACUAGAACCUGUAAAAUUGAUUUUAUCAGGAAGAUGACGGAGGAUCUAUCGAAAAAAUUCUUGUCUAUUGAUAAGAAAAAGUUUAUAAACGAUUGUGUUGCUAUUAAAAAUAAUUUCAUUAAUAUUAAAUAUGGCUACACUGAAAAUGUCACGCCGUACAGAUUAAAUAACAGUGAUUAUAGUGUAUCCAGAAAUAAAUUGUUCAUUGAAUCUCCAUUAGCUCAAAAGGCAGACAUUAAUUUGAACCUUAGCGGCUUAGACUUUGAAUCGACUUUCAAACAAAGGGAUACACAAGACUUGUCUCCUAAAGAGCUAGCGAGGAAGAGAAAAGUAAAUGAAAGAAUUGCUAAACUUAAAAUGUACGGCGAACCGCCGCCAUUGAGCUCAAUACAUAUAAUAAACAAAUCGAAUUCAAUUAAACCUUACAAAAGUCCUCUGAUAACAAAAAGUGACAUUUCGAUCAAUGUUGCCAGUGCUAAUAAGUUACCUAAAAAUAUAGAACUGAAUUCUAGUCCAAUGUUAAUAAAUAGAACUUAUGUUAAGUGUAUAAAUCCAGUGAAAUUAAACUUUGCAGAUGAAGAUAAAGAUGGCAACACUACGGAUCCUUUCGCUGAAGAAUUUGAUUGUAGCCCACCAUUAAGCUUGGAUUGAAUUCGUGCAAUAAUACAAUGUUUGCAAUCUUUGCUUGCCUAUAUCUGCAUGAUGAUGUUUUCCUGACCGAUUUCGGCUAUGUUGGCCAAUCUUAAGAGAUUAGACCUAUGUGAACAUAUUAUAGUGCACAAGUGUGUGCACAAACACAGAUGCACUCUGUUAUCUCACUAUACUACCAUUGCACAUACACACAGACAUCUGUAUUUACGGAUACGAAAGAUAGUUGUGUAUUUUGUCGGAUCGGAUUUAAAAAAAAAAUAUUAUUUGGUUUGGAAUACUGUCGUGUGCGUGAGCUCGUUCUCGUGGAAAACGGAGCGCUGUGUGUAUGUAGCCUAAGGGGACAUAUUUCUGUAUAUACUUAUGAAGUGUAACUUCUAUUGCAAUGUUUGUACGUGUAAUAUUUGAGGGAAACGUUCUUAAACUAAGUUUUCGUAAGUUGUUUAUUUCUGGUUAUUAUAAUAAUAAUAACAUCCUGGGACAUUUUUCACACACGGCCAUCUGAUCCCAAAUUAAGCUCGUACAAAACUCGUGCUAUGGAAACCAGACAACUGAUAUACUACAUAUACUACUUUUCUUUUGUAAAUAGAUACUUAUAUAGAUAAUUACACCCAGACUCAGGACGAACAGACAUGUUCAUGCACACAAAUGUCUGUCCUGGGUGGGAAUCGAACCCACAACCUUCGGCGUGAAAAGGCAAGUAUCUACCAACCACGCCAACCGGCUCAAAUUGCGUCAGAAACGUUUUAUUCAAACGUUACGUUUAAAAACUGUACACUUAACCUUGUUAUUCUAUUUUAGAUUAAAUCUACUUGUUAUGUAAUAUAUAAGUGAAGUACAAUACAUACAACAUACAACGCCGGUUACAAUAUCUGUGCAACCGGCGUUGAUGACGUCAUAUCGACGUCCAGUCCGGUGUAAAAACAAACGUCACUAAGUACAUUAGUAAAUAACAUUUUUAUGUAUAAUUAAAGUCAUGAAUGAAUGCGAGCGAGGUGGUGAAGGAGGAAGCGAGAUGCACUGCUAUUGUGACCGUGUUAUAGGUGCGAAGCAGGUCCUGACUUGUUAUUGAAUAAACCCAAGUUGGUAGUAUAUUAGCGUGAACUUAAUUAUUUCAUUCCAACAUAUAUAUUCCAACAUAUAUAUUAUUAUAAGUCGAGAUGGCCCAGUGGUAAGAACGCGUGAAUCUUAACCGAUGAACGUGGGUUCAAACCCGGGCGAGCACCUCUGAAUUUACAUGUGCUUAAUUUCUGUUUAUAAUUCAUCUCGUGCUUUUCGGUGA